CAAAUAACGCCAACACUACGGAAACUGCUCACACUGUUUUGUUUCGAGCUCUCUGCUGGAGAAAAGUCUCAAGUCAAGUUUCAGUCUUUCUGCUCAAAUAUCCAGUUUUUUAUUCUUCAGUUGGUGUUUUCGUAGACUUUGACGACAUGGGUAAAGAAAGCAUCGAAGAAGGGCAGCUGUCAAAUCCUCUGUUGAAUGUUAACGACAAAGGUGGUCACAGCGGUGGUACUGGCCAUGAUCCUGAGCUUGAUGAUGGGUCUUCCACUGUUACCACUAUGCUUGUGCUUACCACGUUGGUUGCUGUUUCUGGGUCCUAUGUUUUCGGCUCUGCUGUGGGAUAUUCCUCGCCAGCUCAGUCUGGAAUUGUAGAUGACCUGGGUCUUACUGUGGCAGAGUACUCACUUUUUGGUUCAAUAUUGACUAUUGGGGCCAUGAUUGGUGCUAUAGUUAGUGGUAAAAUAGCUGAUUACAUUGGUAGAAGAGGAACAAUGGGCUUUUCAGAAGUGUUCUGCAUUGUAGGAUGGCUUUUUAUAGUUUUCGCCAAGGUUGCUUGGUGGCUUGACCUUGGAAGAUUUCUAGUAGGAUGUGGAAUGGGACUUCUGUCUUAUGUGGUACCUGUCUAUAUAGCAGAAAUUACCCCUAAGAAUCUUAGAGGUGGAUUUACAACUGUUCAUCAGUUGAUGAUAUGUUGUGGAGUGUCAUUGACAUAUCUUAUUGGGGCUUUUGUAAAUUGGAGAAUCUUGGCUCUUCUUGGAACAAUUCCAUGUCUAGUCCAGCUUCUAGGCCUAUUCUUUAUUCCAGAGUCCCCCAGAUGGCUGGCGAAGAUAGGCCGAGAAAAUGAGUGUGAAGCUGCUUUACAGCGCCUUAGAGGGGAAAACACCAAUAUUUCUAAAGAAGUUGCUGAAAUCAAAGAUUACACAGAAACUCUUCAACAACUCUCUGAAGCUAGCAUUACUGACUUGUUCCAAUGGAGAUAUGCUCAUUCACUUCUAGUUGGAGUUGGCUUGAUGGUCUUGCAACAAUUUGGAGGUGUAAACGCCAUUGCGUUUUAUGCAAGUGCUAUAUUCAUUUCAGCUGGGUUUUCUGGAAGUGUUGGUACAAUAGCAAUGGUGGCUGUUCAGGUCCCAAUGACAGCAUUGGGAGUGGUUUUGAUGGACAAAUCUGGAAGAAGACCACUUCUUUUGGUUUCUUCUGCUGGCACAUGCUUAGGUUGCCUUCUUGUGGGAUUGUCUUUCAUCUUUCAGGAUAUUCAAAAAUGGAAUGAGGCUACACCCUUUUUAGCACUUGCUGGAGUACUGGUUUAUACAGGAUCAUUCUCAUUAGGUAUGGGAGGAAUUCCUUGGGUUAUAAUGUCAGAGAUAUUUCCUAUAAACAUGAAGGGAUCAGCUGGAAGCCUUGUGACAUUGGUCAGCUGGUUAGGUUCUUGGAUUGUAUCAUAUUCUUUCAACUUCUUAAUGGAUUGGAGCUCAUCAGGGACAUUUUUGGGAUUCUCGUGCAUAUGUGGAUUAACCGUUUUGUUCGUUGCCAAGUUGAUGCCGGAGACAAAGGGAAGAACUUUAGAAGAAAUACAAGCAUCGUUGAAUCCCAUUUCUAAAAAUACAUGAUUCAUAUAUCACUAUCACACAUGUUAAUUAUUAGUUAGUAUUCGAUUAGACUAGGGACAAUUCAUGCUCUCCAACAAACAUUAAUCUAAUGACAAAGAUCACAACCCCUUAGAAUAGAUUGAUCGAUGUUGGAAACACAUAACAAAGUUUAAGGGGUGAUGUCAAUUUAACUAUUCAUACUUAAUAGUGCUUAAUAUUACUAAAA